AAAAGACUUGCACAAGGAAAUUUGUCAACUGUAAACUUAUGACGGAAUCGCAACCAGACGAGUUUACGAACUUUGAAAUCGUACAAGAUGAUAAGUCGGGCUUAAAUCCUGAUGUAAAAAGUGAUUUGAAUAGACAAAAUGAGAAUAAAGACGUUCAAGAAACAGUGAGGGAAACCUGGGGUGGUGAAUUCGAGUUUGUCCUAUCACUUGUGGGAUACACUGUAGGAUUAGGGAAUAUAUGGCGUUUUCCUUACUUCUGUUACAAGAAUGGAGGAGGUUGUGCUAUUAUUCCAUUUAUUCUGUUCCUGACGGUAUGUGGCGGUCCAUUGUAUUAUAUGGAAGUAUGUCUGGGACAGUGGUCUGGAACAUCGCCUAUCACAGUCUGGAAUAUAUGUCCCCUUUUAAAAGGUUUGGGGCUCCUCAUGGUAAGCUUGUCCUUGAUUUAUAUCUGGUACUAUGCAGCAGCCUUUUCGUGGGUAAUAUAUUUCCUCAUUCAAUCAUUCUUCCCCACACUUCCAUGGAGUAAAUGUGGAAAUAGCUGGAAUACAGAACUAUGCAUAGAUGCAUCAACAAACAUAACCGAGAAGAUGUUAAAUAUGACAGACCAUGGUUUAAAUACUUCUAUCAACUUUAGAACAUCUGGAACAGAGUACUUUGAGCGAAAUGUUCUUCGAAAGUCAUCUGGUAUAGAUACUGUUGGACCUGUACAUCUUCCUCUGACCGGUUGUUUCUUUCUCGGGUGGCUUUUUGUGUUUUUAUGUCUGGCCAAAGGUGUAAAAACGCUAGGAAAGGUCGUUUACGUUACAGUAACGUUGCCCUACAUUCUUCUUACGGUCCUGUUAAUACGUGGCGUAACGUUGGAUGGGGCUUGGAAUGGACUUCAACAUUACUUUAUACCAGAUUUCAGUAAGCUCAUACACGGACAGGUGUGGAUGGAGGCAGCGGUACAAUGUUUCUUCUCACUGGGGCCAGCUUGGGGAGGUGCAAUAACCAUGGCUAGCUUUAACAAGUUCAACCAUAAUGCACUUAGAGAUUCGGUUGUGGUCUGUUUUGCCGACGCUUUUACAGGAAUAUACAGUGGUGUGGUAGUAUUCUCGGUGCUGGGAUUCCUGUCCAAAGAGACGGGGACACCACUGAAUGAGCUUCCUUUUUCAGGUGCAAGUUUAGCAUUUAUAGCUUAUCCAGAAGCCCUUAGUCGACUCCCGGCGCCGCAUGUUUGGUCCGUGUUAUUCUUUUUAACUCUCGUGUUGGUGGGAAUAGAUACUCAGUUUGGAUGUUUUGAGACUGUGACCAAUGCUGUCAUAGACUUAAACUACAAGAAGCUGCAAAAGUACAGAUUACUUAUUUCCGCUGGUUUGGUAACUUUUCUGUUCAUAACUGGACUUCCGCUCACUACUUCCGCUGGAUACUAUAUUUUUAUGCUUAUCGACUCGUAUAUGGGAACCUUCAAUUUGGUGGGAACUGCUCUUCUUGAAUGUAUUGUUAUAGCAUGGAUUUACGGUGCAAAUCGUUUCUCUGCUGAUAUUGAGAUGAUGAUGGGAAGUCGUCCCUCUCUUAUCCUCAGAAUUAUCUGGUGCUUCAUCAUUCCAGUCUUCCUCCUGGGAAUUCUUAUACCUACGAUAGUGACAUACAGCACCCCGACUGUCGGUGAUUACAAGUUUCCCUCGCAUGCAAAUAUUGUUGGAAAUGUGUUUGCCUUUGCCCCUAUUAGUCUGAUUUUCAUCGUUGCCAUCUAUCAAGUAAUCCGACAGAGGGUUUCACGAAAGGUUUAUAGUGUAAGGAACCUGUUGAAACCUGCGAGUUGUUGGUUGCCAAACGAUUUGAAGCAAAGAAAGAUAUACAAGAAAACAACUUACGAGUACGAAUCUGGAUUUCGUUUCAGACUUCUUGAUAAUAUUCUUGGUAUAAAGUAGGAUGAACGGUGUUGGUGUUAUACAGUUGUGGAUAUGAGACCAGUAUGUUUUGUUCAAAAAACGUAACCAAGAAAUAUUUGCACAUAAUCAGAAAAACAAUAGAGAUAUGGAUUUUGACACAGAUGCUCUAAGUGUUCAGUAUUGACAAUCACUGUUACCCAAAGAUUUUGGACUUUGAAAGUUUGAAAAAGUACUUUUUUUGUAAUUCUUAGAGCAUUAUAAACAAUACGUACGUUUAUACCUUAGUGUAUUAAACUGAUUCGUGUAAAUAAUUUGUUUUUAAACUCAGAUUUAUAUUGAGUGAGAUUCUGUUGGUUUUGAGAUUAUUGGAAGUCUGUGAUAAUUAAUCAUUUGCUAUUACUUUGGGACAAGAUACGUUGGAUAAACUUCUAUAUCGCCAGUAUAAACAUUUCUUUAAUUAUUGUUUUUAUUAUUAUUAUUAUCAUUAUUAUUAUUAUUAACAUUAUUAUUGUG